UCCCGAGACAUGGACUUGCAUGUACAAAACGCAACGAUACGAAAAGUUGUCGUGAACGAAUAAGAAUCGGUACCGGUCAUGACAGUGCGGCGAUUCGAUUGAACGAUUACGAACGAUUCGCGCGGCGCACGGUCGCGAGUUUCCCGGCGCGGCCGCUCGCGCGACUGAGGGCGGCAGUAUUCGUUCAACCGUCGGUCUGUGUGGUCGCUUUGCGGCGUAGUCUGUGAUUUUUUUAGUGUAGCUCCUGAUAAUCCAAGUUAAUCGACUAUGGCGGAUCAACUAACAGAAGAACAAAUCGCCGAAUUCAAGGAGGCGUUCUCACUGUUCGACAAGGAUGGCGACGGCACCAUUACCACCAAAGAGCUGGGCACCGUGAUGCGGUCGUUAGGACAGAACCCCACGGAGGCGGAACUACAGGACAUGAUCAAUGAGGUCGACGCGGACGGUAACGGCACGAUAGACUUCCCCGAGUUCCUGACCAUGAUGGCCAGGAAGAUGAAGGACACGGACAGCGAGGAGGAGAUCCGCGAGGCGUUCCGCGUGUUCGACAAGGACGGCAACGGUUUCAUAUCGGCCGCCGAGCUGCGCCACGUGAUGACGAACCUCGGCGAGAAGCUCACCGACGAGGAGGUGGACGAGAUGAUACGCGAGGCCGACAUCGACGGCGACGGACAGGUCAAUUAUGAAGAAUUCGUCACCAUGAUGACGUCGAAGUGAGCCGCCGGCUAGUGUGUGUGUAAAAGAAUUUAAAUAUACAUUUUGUUUCAUGACACACAAUAUUACCAUCGUAUUGGACCUGCAUUUCUCUAGUGUUUGCGAUAAAUUAAAUAUUGUCAUCGUUUCAGUUUAAUGGUAUAAUUGUAUAGCGGCGAGGGCCCCGCCACUCGUCCUUAGACUUAAAGUAUUCCGUUAAUGUAACUAUUGUAAGGAUCGCUGCGAGCGGCGUGUGUGUGUGCGUGCUCGGUGUUGCGUCGCGCCUAGUGUAUGCGGUGCUAGCGUCCGCACCUUUCCGAUACAUUUUAAUGUAAUUUUUUUUCAAGUAUGAGAUAUUUAUAAAGUACGUGAGAUAAAAAAUUUGAAAAAAUCCCAAAAAAAUGUACCGUGCGGGCGCGGGGCGGCGGAUUUUCGGAAUUCUCAACCAAUACUUGCGACGUCUCCUGCUCGCCUUCGGCUAUAACGUUUUUUCAUUUUUCUAUUUAUUCAUUGUGUUAAGUUGAACUGUUUCUUAUAUCGUGUAACUUGUUAUAAAUUAUGAUUAGCUGUUUAGUUAGACAUGUAAUGUAUCUAAUACACGUGUCACUCUCUGUACCCCGCGGCGAUGGCGUCGAUGGCGUCGAUGGCGUCGACGGCGUCGACGACUACAAUACUAGUUUCACUAUUCAUUUCACACAUUAAACUUAAUGUAACGUAAACAUUGUAUUUUAAUCUUGCAUAAUUUAAUACUAUUAUUCUUAGAAUAUGACAUUAUUGUGAUUAUUUAAUUUAAUUAUCUAUGUAACUUAUCUGAUGUAAUUUUUAAAUUAGCGAUGAAUAAAUAGUGGAACUAGAAUAAGUGUUUUAAUCCCAUGUACUUUAAUGAAAUUAAAAUAAUAUAAUCUAUUGUUUUUUUUUUAUGUUGGUUUGAUUUAUUUGGAGUUUGGUUAGCGAUGUGUGAGAAUCCGGCCGAGUGGGGCCGCCCCCGCGCUUCGCAUUCAACGUUUAAAUCUAACUCUGUACGAAUAAAUUAGAUUUAUCGAUACUACAUUUAAUUGUAUCUGUAAAUGACUUGAUAAAUAUUAUAUUUCUAUUGUUGGUGAAGUAAUUCUAUCGACUGUGAGCAACUCAGCUGUUAUUGAAUUACCACAUUUGAUUCAUUCUGUUAUUAAAUUUUACAAAAGACAUACUGAAAAUAAAUGUUUCUUCAUUUUUAGGUCAAUAAG